ACUAGGCAGAGGCAUUAGUAGGAUGGCUCUAUCACUCCUCUCCCACACAUCUCAUCACAAGGUAUCCCAACCAGUAACGAAAGAUACAGGCCCAGCCCGAGUCCCCGGACGCCGUGGGACUGGAGUGCCAGUCGGUGUGGGAGGUGGGGCGGCGACGCCGCUGUACAGAGACUGGUCCCUUCGGCCCAGCCGUCGCCUUCCCUGCACGACGGACUUUGCCCGGACCCCAGGCAUCUGGGGCCUCUGGAGCCCCUCAACCCCGGACCCUACGGCCUCUGCACAGCCUUUUUCACUCAAAAGCUCAGGUCGCCUCCAGCCCAGGUAGAUUUUGGACAAUCCCGGAUUUAGCCGCCCACAGAAGAGACUCCUGGCUGCCUCCUCACUGGCAGCACACUGCCCUCAUCUCCCCCCAAGCCAGUUCCCCUUUUAACUUCUUCAUCCUGGCCCCCUCUAGCCAGGCUGACCUAGGAGGGUGAGUCCCUUUCGUUCCUAGCACUAUGCCAGGCACUGUGGCGACACUACGGUUCCAGCUGCUGCCCCCUGAGCCAGAUGAUGCCUUUUGGGGUGCACCCUGUGAACAGCCCCUGGAGCGCAGGUACGAGGCAUUGCCGGCUCUCGUCUGCAUCAUGUGCUGUCUGUUUGGAGUCGUCUACUGCUUCUUCGGUUACCGCUGCUUCAAGGCAGUGCUCUUCCUCACUGGGUUGCUGUUUGGCUCAGUGGUCAUCUUCCUGCUGUGCUACCGAGAGCGGGUACUGGAGACACAGCUGAGUGCCGGGGCGAGCGCCGGCAUCGCGCUGGGCAUCGGGCUGCUGUGCGGGCUGGUGGCCAUGCUGGUGCGCAGCGUGGGCCUCUUCCUGGUGGGGCUGCUGCUCGGCCUGCUGCUCGCCGCUGCCGCCCUGCUGGGCUCCGCGCCCUACUACCAGCCCGGCUCCGUGUGGGGCCCACUGGGCCUGCUGCUGGGGGGCGGCCUGCUCUGCGCCCUGCUCACCCUGCGCUGGCCCCGCCCUCUCACCACUCUGGCCACCGCUGUGACUGGGGCCGCGCUCAUCGCCACCGCUGCGGACUACUUUGCUGAGCUGCUGCUGCUGGGGCGCUACGCCAUGGAGCGGCUGCGGGCCGCCCCUGUGCCUCCCCUCUGCUGGCGGAGCUGGGCCCUGCUGGCGCUUUGGCCCCUGCUCAGCCUGAUGGGUGUUCUGGUGCAGUGGAGGGUGACGGCCGAGGGGGACUCCCAUACAGAAGUGGUUAUCAGCCGGCAGCGGCGACGCGUGCAGCUGAUGCGGAUUAGACAGCAGGAAGAGCGCAAGGAGAAGCGGCGCAGGAAGAGACCCCCGCGGGCUCCCUCUCGAGGCCCCCGGGCCCCUCCAAGGCCUGGACCUCCUGACCCUGCUUAUCGGCGCAGGCCAGUGCCCAUCAAACGCUUCAAUGGAGAUGUCCUCUCCCCGAGCUAUAUCCAGAGCUUCCGGGACCGACAGACGGGGAGCUCACUGAGCUCCUUCAUGGCCUCGCCCACAGACACGGACUAUGAAUAUGGGUCCCGGGGACCACUGGCAGCCUGUGCAGGGCCCCCCGUGCGGGUAUAGCAGUACAGCUGCUCCUGCCCUCCUGGACUCUGCUCACCAGCUCUGUCAGCUCGGGGAGGCCUGCUGGCCCACCACGCAGCCCUCCUGGCCCUGUGGCGAAUGGCUGUCCCUCUCCCCUCCCUGGAGAAGACUGGCCUGGUUGCUGGAAGGGAGGACCUGUCUCAGGCUAGGCCUGGCCUGAGGGAAAGGCCCCUCCCAAGCUCCCAAGGGGCUCCCGAGGGACUCGAGGUGUGAGCCCCUCUGGGGUGUGCUCAGGGUUGUGAGUGUGUCACCUGUGUGUGCGUGUGCAUGGAGGGGUGGGCUUGGAGGGGACAGUGGGACACUUGCCUUAGAUUUCUAACUGGGAGGGCUUCUGCAAGGUUGGCCCCACCGCCUCUCCCACUGCUGGGGUCCCGUGAGCCACUCUCCUGCAUGUCUAAGUGGAGGAGGUCUGCCUUCUUCCCCCACUGCUCUGCCUCUUAACGAGAUUCAUCCAAGGCUUCUUGUCCUCGUCCACCGCAGCACCCCUUACCCUGGUCCCCUGUCCUCUGCAAAGCCACUAGCCUGAGGGCAGUGGCAGGGGAUGGGGGUGGGGGGUGCUGCUUUGGGCUGGG